AUGAACUUAUCGCUUAAGGGCAUAAUAUCUGCCGUGGCAGCUAUCGCGGUGGAAUCUUCAAACACACCCCAAGGAAGCCCAUGGGAUAUCUUCGGACUCUGGGUUCCCAGAGAGGUUUCCUGCACGUGCCGAGUGAUGUUUCCGGAUGCAAGUGACGCCACAUUCAAGCGAAUUCACGAUCUAUUCCCCGUGCCAUUGAACCAACCGGUGGAGACUCUAGCACGGGACCGGGUCACAUCUGCGCUAGCAAAUUUGCUAAUUGCAGCGGAAGCAUUGGAACUUACCCGCGACUCGUGGAAUGCUCAUGGAAUCAAUGAAACAUUGAUAGAUACUGCCUCUAGACUUUGA